AUGUUGUUCGCCAAAUACCUCGAUGAUGCUAUGAUUCCGGAAUGGAAACGUGCAUACAUUGACUAUCGUGGAUUGAAGGACAACAUCACGGCAAUUCGCGAAGCACAGGCUUCUCUGACUGCUUCUGUGGCUCCUGAUUGCAAGCCGCCAGGGGCGACUAAGCGCCCAACGCUGUUCUCCUUCGAGUCCAUCGCGUCAUGGAGCUCUGGAAGCACGAAACAGGCCGCGCCUGAGAUCCACCAGGACGAAGACAUCCGGAUGCCAGAACCCGCUCAUGUUCACUUCGCAGCCUCACCUGAGGUUGCGCCGAAAAAAGGAGCCGACUCAGCGACAUCGCCUCGCCUUGUCCCCGGCAGUCUUCGACUUCAGACGUCCAUCACGCCCGCAAUCUCGACAUCUCAUCGCACACCUCUCACACCCAGCCGUUUGUUUGCGGGUGUCCGAUUCGGUCACGGGUCGAGCGAAGCAGGACCUUCGCAUUCGCUUCACACGCCGACCACCCCUAGUCGGUUAGCGGCUCAUUUCCUUUGGAGGGCUGGUUCGACACUGUAUCGCGCAGCGUCGCGUGCUUCCACUCAGGCGCACACUCCCGCUCCUCCUCUGCCAUUGUCUGCAUAUCUCUCAGAUUUAACACCGCUUCAGCGCAAAUACGUCGACAAGCUCGACUAUGAACUCGAGAAAGUCGAGAAGUUCUAUGCAGCUCGGGAACGUGAGACCUGUGCUCAAGCGGCCAAGCUGCAUCAGCAACUUAUAUCCUUCUCGGCUCACCGUGACGUAUACGAUGCUCAAAAGACUGGUGACGAUCAUCUCGGGUGGCUUGACGCCGCGCGUCGUCAUCUCGAGAGUCUCCUUCCGUCCAUCAUCCGUCCUGCAUUGCACCACGACUCCGCAGCCAAGAGUACUGGUACUGCCCCCACGAUCAUAGUGGACGACGCCGACGAGAAACCUGCCCCGGACCCGAAGGCUAACGAGCGUCGCGUUGUCGUGCGAGCGCAAUCGGCCGAGAAAUUCGCCCCGAACGACUAUGAUCGUGCACGGAAGAAGCUUCGGCGGGCGCUGAGCGAGCAUUAUCGGUUCCUUGAGGCUCUCAACAACUACCGAAUUCUCAACCUCCUCGGCUUCCGUAAGGCCUUGAAGAAGUUCGAAAAGACGACCAAGAUACCACUUCAGACCCCGUACCUACAAGAGAAGGUGGCAUUGUACACCUUCGCUCAAGGCUACGACGUCCAGCGGCUAUUGAAAAUCGCCGAGGAACAAUUUGCCAUCCACUUCUCUGAAGGAAACACGAAGGCCGCGCUCAUCCAACUUCGGCGACGAUCUCCUCGCCCCAACCUCCAUACGAGCGUCUUCGUCACAGGAGCGUUGCUAGGUCUAUCGGUGCCAGCAUUGGCUUCAGGCGUCUGGAAAAGUUUCCAGCCUGACAUCCGCGCGGCCAUCCCCGGCUGGGAUGCCCUACUCUUCAUAUAUGGCAUCAUGUUCGUUCCUUUGCUGCUCGUGCUGCUUGUGGGUAUCAAUCUCGCGGCUUGGACAUGGACGAGGAUCAACUACGUCUUCAUCUUUGGCCUGGACGCCCGGAACAUACCAAACUUCAAGAAGUACUUUGAACUCCCUGCUCUCCUUAUCACCACGCUAUGCUACGCCUUUUGGCUUUCAUUCACUCGGACCGGACAAAGGGUCAUGCCGCCACAAGCUUGGCCAGUAGCCUGGCUUUUGCUCUCACUCGUCAUCCUCGUGAACCCAUUGCCCAUCCUCGAGCGUUCAAGCCGGUUCUGGUUGAUUCGUAACGUGGCCCGGCUAGCCACGAGCGGCGCCCACCACGUCCGGUUCACGGACUUCUGGCUCGGCGAUCAGUUCACCUCGCUCAUCUUCCCACUCAGCAACCUCUACUUCGUAGGAUGCUCCUAUGCUGUCGGGUUUGAGAAUGAUCCCAUGGCGGCUUGCUCUCGCCCGAGGGCUUGGGGCGUCCCUUUCCUCAUUGGCACGCUACCUCUGGUAGCGCGGUUCGUGCAGAGUGUCCGCCGAUGGGUUGACUCCAGGCAGCUCACACAUCUCAUGAACGCCGGGAAGUACGCCUCCGGCGUGCUCUACUACCUCAUGUACUACUGGUGGCGAUACGAAGGCGCUGGGCGCGGGCUAAGCUUUGUAUUCUUCUGCCUCGCCGGCGCAAUGUACGUGGUGUAUGCCACGACCUGGGACUUCCUCAUGGACUGGUCCGUACUCAAGCCGCACGCCCGGUAUCCUCUACUGAGGAACGAGGUGUUGUACCUCCGUGUCAUCCCGGCUUACUACUUUGCGCUGGUAUCAAACAUCGUGAUACGUCUCGGCUGGCUAUUCUACAUCCCUGUGAGCGGACCCAGCUUCGCAUUGCGCACCUGGAUUGUCGCCAUGGCCGAGGUGUUCCGCCGAUGGCAGUGGAACUUUUAUCGUCUGGAGAACGAGCAUAUCGGUAACUGCGACCAGUACCGCUUCCAGCGCGAGAUUCCUUUGUUCUACCCGCGGGAGGACUCGCCUGCACCGGCGCCCAAAGCCGGGUGA